AUGGGACCCAGAAGUUUUGAACCAAUGAAAAGUGGGGACAGCAGACAGAGAUACAUGAUACUCACUGUUACCAUCCUCCUGGCUCUCUGUCUUCCAUGUCCUGGGAAUGCACAGCAGCAGUGCACCAACGGCUUUGACCUGGAUCGCCAGACAGGACAGUGUUUAGAUAUUGAUGAAUGCCGGACCAUCCCCGAGGCCUGCCGAGGUGACAUGAUGUGUGUUAACCAGAAUGGCGGGUAUUUAUGCAUCCCCCGAACAAACCCGGUGUACCGAGGGCCCUACUCGAAUCCCUAUUCAACCCCCUACUCGGGUCCAUACCCAGCGGCUGCCCCACCGGUAUCAGCUUCAAACUACCCCACGAUUUCAAGGCCUCUCGUGUGCCGCUUUGGAUACCAGAUGGACGAAGGCAACCAGUGUGUGGAUGUGGACGAGUGUGCAACAGAUUCCCACCAGUGCAACCCGACUCAGAUCUGCAUCAACACGGAGGGAGGGUACACCUGCUCUUGCACCGACGGCUACUGGCUGCUGGAAGGCCAGUGCUUAGACAUUGAUGAAUGUCGCUAUGGUUACUGCCAGCAGCUCUGUGCGAAUGUUCCUGGAUCCUAUUCCUGUACAUGCAACCCUGGUUUUACCCUCAAUGAGGAUGGAAGGUCUUGCCAAGACGUGAACGAGUGUGCAACUGAGAACCCCUGCGUGCAAACCUGCGUCAACACCUAUGGCUCUUUCAUCUGCCGCUGUGACCCAGGAUAUGAACUUGAGGAAGAUGGUGUUCACUGCAGUGAUAUGGACGAGUGCAGCUUUUCUGAGUUCCUCUGCCAGCAUGAGUGUGUGAACCAGCCUGGCACAUACUUCUGCUCCUGCCCUCCAGGCUACAUCCUGCUGGAUGACAACCGAAGCUGCCAGGACAUCAACGAAUGUGAGCACCGAAACCACACGUGCACCCUGCUGCAGACUUGCUACAAUUUACAAGGGGGCUUCAAAUGCAUCGACCCCAUCCGCUGUGAGGAAAAUUAUCUGCAGAUCAGUGAUAACCGCUGUAUGUGUCCUGCUGAGAAUCCUGGCUGCAGAGACCAGCCCUUUACCAUCUUGUUCCGAGACAUGGAUGUGGUGUCAGGACGCUCCGUUCCUGCUGACAUCUUCCAGAUGCAAGCAACGACCCGCUACCCUGGGGCCUAUUACAUUUUCCAGAUCAAGUCUGGGAAUGAAGGUCGAGAAUUCUAUAUGCGGCAAACGGGCCCCAUCAGUGCCACCCUGGUGAUGACACGCCCCAUCAAAGGGCCCCGAGACAUACAGCUGGACUUGGAGAUGAUCACUGUCAACACCGUCAUCAACUUCAGAGGCAGCUCUGUGAUCCGACUGCGGAUUUAUGUGUCACAGUACCCCUUCUGAGCCCAGGGCUGCAGCCUCUGACACUGCCUCUCACCAGCACCAAGGGACAGGGGAAGAGAGGAAACAGGAGAAAGAACGAGAGCGAGCAACGUUGCACCUUUCCUGCUGAACGUUUCCCAGAGGAGUUGGCUCCCCGAGUCCUAUUGCAGACCUGUCACUCAGAAGGGCAUCCCACCCCUCUUCCUAUGAUGCAGUUAUUGAAACGCAUUCUCAUUGGCCCCCUGAUGUGAGGUCAUUGGUGAUUCUUCAAGGCCUUCCGUUGAUUUCCAUCUUUUUCAAAGAAACUAGAUUAGGUUGGGGUCUGAGUCUAUGUUCGAAGACUGUGAACAGCUUCUCUUCCCUCUUCCGUUCCUUCCUUCCUUCUCUUGCUGCAUUGCUGCUUUGCCAAGGGCCUGAGAGAGCUUGUGGGGACGCUGGGUAUAGCUAGUUUGCUUUUUGCAUGUCCUGAGAAGGCUAUGGAAACAAACCACAGCAGGAUCUAAGGGCUUUUAAAGAGUCUAUUUCAAAACCACGUCUGGUAUUUUCAGCCAUAAAAGAAGUUUUAGUUGUC